AUGAGCUCAUUGACAAAAGGUUUCAAAACUCUAUCAGCAAAAGCUGCCGCACAGCUUGACCAGGACUUAAUGUCUGUUGGUGCCUUUUCAAUAGACCAAUUGAUGGAAUUAGCAGGUUUGGCAGUUGCAAAGGCAGUAUAUAGAGAAUACCCGCCAUCAGAUUCAUCAAAUUCCUCAAAUUCGUCGACGUCACCAGCACAGAAAAUCUUGGUCUUAGUUGGACCUGGAAAUAAUGGAGGUGAUGGUUUGGUUGCUGCUAGACAUUUAAAGACUUGGGGUGCAUAUGAACCAGUCAUUUAUUACCCCAAGAAAUCAACACAUAAUCAAUUAUAUGCAAACUUGGUGAAGCAGUUGGAGAAUCUAAACGUUCAGGAAAUUACCACACUAGACGAAAUCAAAAGUUUACUAAGCCAUAGAGGUGAAGUUGGAGUGAUAUUAGAUGCAUUAUUUGGUUUCUCAUUCAAACCACCAAUCAGAGAUCCGUUCAAGGACUUCAUUUCAUAUCUUUCACAAAACCACGAUACAAUACCCCCAAUAGUGUCUGUUGAUAUUCCCUCGGGUUGGGACGUGGAUGAAGGUGCGACCGACGUUGAUAUAAACGCCAGCAUGCUUGUGAGCUUGAGUGCACCAAAACCAUGUGCAGAAAGAUUUGUCAACUCUGGUGAGAACAAGAAACAUUAUUUGGGCGGUAGGUUUAUUAGUCACAAGAUUGCAAAGAAAUACGGGAUUGAAGACAUUUUGGAAAAGUACAAAGGCGAUGAGCUAAUCACCAAAUUGUAA